AAACUAUCGUCUUUGUUGGAUCUGCAACUUAUUGAAAAGCCCCUUAAAAUGGUCUAAAAAUGGCCGAUGGUGAUGAACGAUAACUAUAUCUCUCACCGGUUGUUGAUAUUUACACCUUUCGGCUCUGUUUAUCCAAAUAUCUUCGCCAAAAAAAAAAAAAAUCACUUCUCCACAUACAUUCGAAACGAAGAAGAAGAGCAAAACCUACAAAUGAAGCAAUGAAUUCUCUCUGCAAUUCCCUGAAAUCCCUUAACGUAAACCCCACCUUUUUCCCGACAAAACCAGAGCUUUCCUUUUCCUUUUCCUUCUCUCCCAUUUCCGCCCCACCCUUCAAAUCCAAAUCCUCACCGACCCGAUGUCGUCUCACCGUCAAAGCCGACGCCAACGCCGUUGAAAUCGACAUGGUGAGGAACAAGCAAGGCGUUUACGCACCCAAACAGAAGAAAGUCGUUGUUUUAUGGGACCUCGACAACAAACCGCCGCGAGGGCCGCCGUACGAAGCGGCGUUGGCUUUGAAAAGGGUCGCUGAGAAGUUCGGUGAAGUCGUCGAUAUGUCGGCUUACGCUAACCGCCACGCGUUCGUUCAUUUGCCUCAAUGGGUCCUUCAAGAACGACGGGAAAGGAGGAGCCUCGACAUCCUCGAACGGAAAGGGAUUGUGACGCCGGACGAACCGUACAUUUGCGGCGUUUGUGGCCGGAAAUGUAAAACGAAUCUUGAUUUGAAGAAACAUUUCAAGCAAUUACACGAAACGGAACGGCAAAAGAAGUUGAACAGGAUGAAAUCAUUGAAGGGUAAGAAACGUCAACGGUUUAAAGAAAGGUUUAUAAGUGGGAACCAUAAGUACAAUGAAGCUGCUAGGAGUAUAAUUAAGCCUAAGAUUGGUUAUGGUUUAGCUAGUGAGCUAAGGAGAGCUGGGGUUUAUGUUAAAACCGUGGAGGAUAAACCCCAAGCGGCGGAUUGGGCAUUGAAAAGACAAAUGCAACAUUCAAUGAGUAGAGGGAUUGAUUGGUUGUUUUUAGUUUCUGAUGAUAAGGAUUUUGUGGAGAUGUUGAGGAGAGCAAGGGAAGCAGAUUUAGGGACUGUGGUUGUAGGUGAUUGGGAUAGGGGUUUAGGUAGACAUGCUGAUUUAUGGGUGUCUUGGGUUGAGGUAGAAAAUGGGGAGGUUUUAGAGAAAGAUUUGGUGCCCAAGAGGAAGAGAAUGAGUAGUGAUGAUGGGUUGUUUUCAGUUUCGGAAUUCGAUGGUGAGAACAUUAGUAUCGGGGAAUUGGAUGGUGUUGCGAAUGAGCUUUUAGUAGGGAGGAAUGAGUGCGGUGGCAUGAUGAUUUCGGUGUUUUCAGAAGAUGAGGAUGAAUGGGAUAUUGAGGAAGUUGGUGAUGAAGAUUACUUGUUGGAUGAUAAUGAAGAUGAAAUGAUUUUUGAGGAAGAAGGGUAUUAUUGAUGUGGAAAGUUCGGUCACUUAUCAAUGUUAGGAAUUCGAAAGAAUAAUGGAGGAGAUUAUAAUCCAAGAGUCCCAUUUGCACAAUGUGGUUCUUCAUUGUUCUCACAGUUGCUAAUGGUAUAUAUCAUGCCUAUAUUGUCUCUAUAUUAUCUUCUUUUUUGAUUGUGUAGAGUGUACUAUUGAUACCCUCAAAAUUGAAAUGGUAUAGUAUAGGUAUGAACAACAGAGGAACUGCAAUGUAGUAAUCUUUUUCAUUUUUUAACACCAAUUUUUAGUAUGUGUUUCACCUAUGGUGUAGGUUAUGAAUUUGAUUAGUGGAAAGUGGUGGAUCAUUUUUGCUUUCUUAUA